AUGAAUAUGCGGCGAAAUCUACCCGAACCCCCCGAGAUUCUCACUCGCAUGAACUGGAAGUCAUGGAAGAAUGACAUCGAAAAACACGCCCGAAAAGAAGGAGUCUGGAAGUACUGCGACCCCAGUACCCCAGAUCAAUACUACCCCGAGCUCCAUGAGCCUGCGAAGCCACACGUUUCCACAGUCCGACCCGAAGCAGGAUCCAUCGUUGACCUCGGAGAGGAUGACUUCAUCGAACUAUCCUCGGUCGUGGAUCUAUACUGGAAGCAGAUGCACGUAUAUGAGAAGAUUCAAUCGGGACUGGACGUCAUCUUCAAACUUAUAAAAUAUCAUGUCGACGACGAAUACUUCAAUCUCAUCAAGCAUGCACAAACACCACUGGAGCAGAUGACGACAUUAUCUGCUAAAUUCAAUAAAUCUCACCUGGAAAAUCUGCAGCCAAGAUGGGAGCGUAUACAACAACUGGCUAGUAAGACGGAGGUACAAGAGCUAUUUGAGCUAUGGAAUGCCUUGUUCACAGAUUGCGAUGGAUAUCUUUCUAGCCACGCUCGAAACCAGGAUGACUUUUGGGAAUGUGUCGAGACAGCAGGAUAUCACUCUGGGAAAUGGUUACCUCUGACUUCCCAGAACUGGAUUAAAAACAAUGCUGAGUCGAAGAACUAUGAUGAUCGGGAUCGGCCUCGUUCACUGGCUAAACGGGAGUCUAUCGCUUCCCAGAACUGGAUCAAAACCCUCGACAAUGUUGACUAUAGUAACGGUUGCUCUCAACCUUGUCCACCGGCGAAACAGAAGUCUACCGUUUCCCAGCAUUGGAUUGAAACCCCGGGCCAUGUCGACUAUAGGUAUGGUUGUGGUCAACCUCGUCCACUGACUAAACAAGAGUCUAUCGCUUCCCUGCACUACAUUGAAACCCCCGAUCAUGCUGAGCCAAACUAUGCGGAUGAUUCUGCUCAACCUGACUCGUCGUCUAAACGGGGAUUUAUCGAUUGUCCGUAUUAUGAUAGCGACUACGAACCUACGGAGUCGACUAAACAUGCAUCUUUGAGUCCUCAGCCCAGUUCUAGGGUAGGUCGGAGCUAUCAGCGUGAGGAAACCUCGCACGAUAUAGAUAUAACGGGACAUAUGCGACAAUUAGUGUGCCAGGCGGAAAAUGGGAAACCAAAUUGCGAUGAUUUAGAUAAAUGGUAG